AUGUCCGACCAACUUGACCAAUUGGCAACUGCAGAGCUGCAGCGUUUGCAGCGUCAGCAUCGUUCCCUCCAGCUGGAUCUACGUGGACUCCUCGAAGAGAAGGCGAAGCGACUCAAAAAACAAAAUCACAUGAUCAACGUCCUGCAGUUGGAGCAUGAGAAACUGAAGGACGAAAUCAGGACCUUGGAAGGCGGCACUCAUGCACGCAAAAACACCAAUAAGGAGAGACAUCUGGGAACCUUGCAAAAGCAACAAACCGAAUUGCAAAGGGUGUUACAGGGCGAACGAACUAAUCUGUGGGAGCUAGAAGGUCACAUUAGGAAAAUGGAAAAGGAAAUCGACGCUUUACGUCGCAACGAGGUGCCCGACAAUUGCUACAAAGACACCAUUUGUAAGGUUCAAAAGAGCGUGGUCAAAUUGGAAAACCGACUCGAUGUGGUUAACAAAAAAUGUAGCGAUGUUCUCACUGAGAAUAGCAAAAUGCGGGAUGCCAUUAAUCAUAUGCUUCAAGAUCGCGCCAACUUUAAUGAUAUGUGGCAGUCAAUGGUUACCCAAUUCAAUGACGGGAAAAAGCUUAUAAUGGAUUUGAUUGAUCAAUCAACACUGGCGUUUGAUCAACGUCAGGAGCUGUGUACAAAACUCUCAGUACUGAAGGAUCGAAAUGAGAAUGAUAAGGUUAUGCAUAUACAGGAAAUGCGAGAAAUGCAGCGUCGAUUGGAGCACGAUGCGAAGUUGCAAAAGUUCUUUGAUAUUAAGGGACAAAAGCGAAUGAAUCCUGAGUUGGAACAACGUGAGCUAGACAAGAAACAGAAUCAAAAGGAAAACUAUGAGCGACAGAUCUUUGAAUAUAAGGAGAUUAUCGAAAGGAUAAAACAAUUAUAUGGCGAGGAUGACACUGAACGAUUGGUGGCACAGUUCAAGCGCCAAGAAGACGAAAACUUUGCACUUUUUAACUAUGUAAACGAGCUAAGUCACGAGGUUGAGGUACUUAAUGAUACAACACAGGAAUUAACUGAUGAAAUUGAGCGUCAAAAAUCGGAGCAAACAGAAAAGGAACUCAAACUUAAAACAGAAGCUUUGGAUUAUUUAAAUGAUGAGAAGGCGCGCAUUGAACAACUGGCCAAGGAGACCAGCGAGAAGAAAAAGAAUCUCAGCAAUCGAUUACAGCAGCUACUCAAGGGAAUUGAAGACAUAUUCAAAUUAUUGGCCUGUGAUGAUGCACCAAUACUGAAUGUCCUCAGCUCCAAGACCUUCCUGACUGUGCACAAUGUGAAGUUAUUCAUUGGAGUCAUUGAACGUCGCGUGAAUCUAAUAAUUAGCACGAUUAACAUUGAGGACAACUCCAACAGGAUAUUGGCCAGAAAAGAUCGUGUUCCCAAAUUUAAUAUACGCGAGUCAGCUAAAAUAAAACAUUAAAUUUAAGAAAUUACAUGGCAUACGAAUUCAU